UCACCGUGGCCACUGAGCAAUUUAUUCGUGUAGAGCGCACUGCAAUGAAAGUGAAGUGAAUCAGCACGCACUUGUCAGCGUUCCUUCCUUCCCACGGUUGUCGUCACAUCACUCCGUCCGCGUUGAUGCGUUCGUGAUCGCGUGAGUGGAGGAUCCGCGCGGCGCCGACAUGGCGACGACCCCGGACGGCGGCGAGUCGAUCGGCGGACGAGGCUACAACUUCAAGGUGGUGCUGCUGGGCGAAGGGUGCGUCGGGAAGACGUCGCUGGUGGUGCGCUACGUCGAGGACGUGUUCAACACCAAGCACGUGACGACCCUGCAGGCGUCGUUCCUCAACAAAAAGCUCAGCCUGGCCGGCCGCCGCGUCCACCUGUCCAUUUGGGACACGGCAGGACAGGAGCGCUUCCACGCCCUCGGGCCCAUCUACUAUCGCGCCUCAAACGGCGCCGUCCUAGUCUACGACGUCACCGAUCAAGACUCUUUUGAGAAGGCUAAAAACUGGGUGAAGGAACUGCGCAAAAUGCUUGGCGCUGAUAUCUGUCUCACCAUAGUUGGCAACAAAAUCGACCUUCAGAAGGAGCAGACGGUUGACACUAAACUGGCUGAAGAAUAUGCAGCUUCGGUGGGCGCCAGUCACUUCCACACUUCGGCCAAGCUUAACGCUGGAAUCGAAGAGAUGUUCCUCGAGCUGUGCAAGCGAAUGCUGGAGCAGGCGCAGAAGGAGGCUGAGCAGCGGAUGGCCGCCGACUUCCAGGCAGCCUCCUCGCCGCGCCGCAACGUCGUCGUGGUCGAGGACGGCGAAGAGGCCCUCGAGAGUAGCGGCCGCUCUGCCUGCUGCUGAAUGGACUCUGAAAUAAUCAAUUUAAACUACCUGCUGCAAAACCACCGUGUCUCAAAGACCGCUUCUUACCAGAUCAGUGAAGACAUGUUGUCCCUCUUUGUUAAUAUGAUUGUUGCCUUCAUUUACGACUUUCAUUCAACUGACACUAUACUGCAUGUGAUUUAAGCAACGCUGUUGAGAGCCAAGAAAUGCAAACCUUGCAAAUUUGUUGUACACACGCGCUGGCUGAUAAGUGAUUCACGAGAGAAAUAUUCAUAAUCAACUAUUUUUGCCUAUCUAUAGAGGUCUUAUUAAGUCAUGUGUCGCAAACAUAAUUUUACUGUUAGUUAAAACGUGAACGGUUAUUAUAUCGUUGUUCCAGAGCUAGGUGCUGCAUUCUUUUAAUAAUUGUUAAUAAAGCUAUAAUAUUACCAUGUGAAAAA